CACGCUCCCACGCAUUUCCCAGUCAUCCACCGCCGUCACCGUCGGCGGCGCCGUGUGACUCGCUGUGACUCGCCCGCCACCCCCACGUGUGCGUGACGCUGCCCAGUUUUCGACACGCCGUCACCGCCAGUGCACGUCGCAGCCAACACCACUCGCAGCCAUGGUCAAGGUAGAGAUCGUCGAGGAAAAGGACCAGCAGGAGACAAACUCCCCCUACGCGUCCUCCUCCUCCUCCCGCACAUCCUCCUCCGUCUCCCUCUCCUCCGUCGGCUCCGAGCUCGACGGCGAAGAGUCCUUCUACGAACGCCUCGCCGCCCUCGUCGACAUCGUCCCGCCCACCACGCGCCACAAAAUAUCCAGCCGCCUCUCAAAGACGACCGGCUUCUUCAAGACGACCGGCAAGGUCGUCGGCAACAUCGUCUGGAUAGUCACCACCAGCGCCCUCCUCGUCGGCCUCCCGCUCGCCCUCAGCCUCGAGGACGAGGCAAAGAUCGUCGCCCAGGAGAAGGAGAUGCUCGCCCAGCAACAAGGGGCCCAACACAUGGCAUCCAUGUAUGCGCAACCCGGCCAGCAGGACCAGCCAAAAGGCGUCGUGCCGCCCGGCUUCUGAUCGCAUACGCACACCAUAUACGUCCGCAUCGUCACGACCUUGCUUGCUUCGCGCUCCCCACUUUGUACUAUAUCAUAGAGCCCCUACUAGUCAGCAAUUCUCCCGCCUCUCAGCCGCCACCUCACCGCGCUGCGUAAACGCUUUCCCCAUCCUCGGAGUCCCGCUGGCACGCAGGGUCUCCGCGAAGACGUAUUCAAAAGCCUACGCCUCGGCCUCUGUUCUCAUGGCCACAAUCUCCGGACUGUUGCGACGUCACUUGUGUGAGAGUCUCUGCCAUGACCACCGUCCUUACCGCGCUGCGCCGUCACAGUGUAGACCGGUGACGACCAUGGUCCGGUGAAUUCUGAGUGUUAACAUCGGCGUCCUCGGUGUCGCAGUCGCUUCGCGAUUGAGCUGGGGCAGCCGUCGUACAUUCCUCGGGCAAUUUGUUGUCUUGACGUCUUACCAUUAUGAAAUUCCAAUGAGGCCAUUGUGCGCUGACUGCUCCCAGGCAACG